CUGAUCGAGCAGUCACUCUUUUUGUUCAUAUAGUGCAACAGAAUGUUGAUUAAUUUGGCUGAGCUUAAUGAAAAGUUGAGGGAGUAUCGCACGAUUUUGACACGGCUUAAAAAUGAACAGGAACAAUACAGAAGCAAGCGGGAAAGAUUGAGUAAACUUAGUCAACGCAGACGACCGGAUGUUAAAAAGUCAGAUGCUGAAUGCUACAUUUGUAAUGGCAACAUAGACGAAGGAACAACUCAAGUUUCGCAACUUGUCGAGGUUGUGAACGUCUUGUUUGCAGAAAUGAUGACAACAAAUGCUGCGAAUGGAUAUCAGCGAUCGGUAUCUGGGAGUGUCGAAAUUGUCAUUCUAGUCGAGCAAUCCAGCAGAAAGCAGGAGAAUGGUUGUUAA